UGACGCCAAUCCGUACACAGCAUCCGGCUUCCAAAGGGUCGGAAGGGCUUGAACGAGUCCAGACGCGGUCUUCCGACGACGGACCAAAAGAACCCGGCGAUCCCAAAAGCGACGACCCGCCGAGCAAAACGCGGCAGUUAUUUUGCGGAAGCCUCCAGGAGGACAAUAACAAGCCACCGGGCGGUGACUGCACCGCGACCGCGAGGCGCAGGAGUCUGGGUGUGACUUGUGAGAAAGGUAGAUCCGUGAUCGUGGCGGGGAAUUAGGGAUUUCGGCCCCUCGAUCGGUUGUAUUGUUGUUGCUGUUGUUAUUGUUGUGUUUUGAUUUGAUGGCUGCUCCACCUGCUAGGGCUCGGGCGGACUACGAUUACCUCAUAAAGCUUCUCCUGAUCGGAGACAGCGGUGUUGGUAAAAGUUGCCUCCUCCUGCGUUUCUCGGAUGGCUCUUUCACCACCAGUUUCAUUACCACAAUUGGCAUUGAUUUUAAGAUAAGAACAAUUGAGCUGGAUGGCAAGCGGAUUAAGCUUCAAAUAUGGGAUACAGCUGGUCAGGAACGGUUUCGAACUAUUACGACUGCUUACUACCGAGGGGCCAUGGGUAUUUUGCUCGUCUAUGAUGUCACUGAUGAGUCAUCUUUCAACAACAUAAGGAACUGGAUCCGAAACAUCGAACAACAUGCUUCCGAUAAUGUGAACAAAAUUCUUGUGGGUAACAAGGCUGACAUGGAUGAAAGCAAAAGGGCUGUGCCUACUUCAAGGGGCCAAGCACUUGCGGAUGAGUAUGGCAUCAAGUUUUUUGAAACUAGUGCAAAGACGAAUCUAAAUGUGGAGCAAGUCUUCUUUUCAAUAGCUAGAGAUAUCAAGCAAAGGCUUUCAGAAACUGAUACCAAACCUGAGGACCGAACAAUUAAGAUUAACAAACCGGACCAGGCGGCUGCUGAGGGCAGUGCACCAGCGAAGUCCGCUUGCUGUGGUUCGUAAGUGAACAAUCGGUGGUGGCGUUGGGGUGGGUGUUGACUUUGUUGGGAACUAAUUAUCUUGUUAUAGGUCAAUGUUGUUAUGAAGAUAAUCAUUACAUGGCGAGUGCUUGUAUUUUUAAUCCUUUCAUUCUUUGCAACUACUGGUCUGGUGUGUAAUGUAGUUCUUCCAGUGCUGGGGAACCUAUUGACUUUAUUUUUUGGCAUGGGGCGGCGAACUGUGUUCCUUUUA